AUGGAGGGCAAGUUGCUCUUUCUAGCACCCUUGGUGCUUUUUGCCUUCCUUCAACGGGGCGUUGAUGCGCAAAGGUACUACAACUACUCGCCGAGGGGUUAUUACGGGCGUAAUUUAUACGAGCACGGACGCUCGAUCUCCGACGAGCUGGUGAAGUGUGGACCCCACACGUGCGGGGUGGGUGCCCAUUGUACCCACGGCAGCGUGAGGCCCGUCUGCGCCUGCCUCCCGAGCUACUCGGGUGAUCCGCUAUCUCAGUGCAUCAAGAUUGAGUGCGUCAGCAAUGAAGAGUGUCGUGGACACCAGACGUGCGUUAACCAGCACUGCGUGAACCCCUGCGAAGGCGCCUGCGGUGUCAACGCCAACUGCGAUGUUCGUCAACAUGUGCCUGUGUGCACAUGUCCCCCGGGCUACACCGGAAAUCCCUUCACGGCUUGCAGAAUCGCCGAUCCAGAGGAGGCUUGCCACCCAUCUCCAUGCGGCGUAAACACAAAAUGCCACGUAGCCAAUAACCAGGCUAUUUGUACCUGCCUCCCUGGAUUCAGAGGCAGCCCACUCUCGGGAUGCACGCACGAGUGCGAAGCGGACAGCGACUGCGGCGCGCAACAGUCGUGCCGCGACUUCAAGUGCACAAGUCCCUGCAGCGACUGCGGCGUGAACGCGGACUGCGAGACAGUUUCAGCGCACCGUGCAAUCUGCAAGUGCCCUCGGGGCUACUUCGGCGACCCGUACCGCAUCUGCACCGCCGAAUGCGAGUCUGACAGCCAGUGCCCGAGCUACAAGCCCGCGUGCGUGUACAACGCGUGCGUGAACCCCUGCACGAACGCUUGCGGCGUCAACGCAGACUGCAAUCUGCGCGGUCUGACCCCCGUCUGCUCCUGCCCGCGGAACAUGACCGGCGAUCCGUUCACCUUCUGCCGACCCUUCGAAGCGCGAGAUUUAUGCGAGCCGAAUCCCUGCGGUGCAAACGCCAAGUGCACCCCCGGCCACGACCGCACCGGCGCUGAGCGACCUGUCUGCACCUGCCCUACUGGCUACAUCGGAAACGCUCUGGUCUCCUGCGAGAGGGGUGAAUGCGAGCUGGACUCCCAAUGUGCCGAUCAUUUGGCGUGCGUGGGCUACCAGUGCGUGGAUCCAUGUCUAGGAAACACGCAGUGUGGUUCUGGGGCCGUCUGCAUGGCACGUCGCCAUCUUGCGGUUUGCACGUGUCCUAACGGUCAUCAUGGUGACGCCCUCGUAAACUGCUACGAGUCGAACUCGGCAGCCGCGACCUCCCGCUACUACUACAGGUUCAAGAGGGACGGCAACUAUACGUCCGAACCCGAAGCGCCAUCUAUCACGGCGACCGAAAUUGUCGUGGAAGCUACACCCAAGCCCGCCAAGGUAAACGUCAAAAAGAACGAUGCGGCGAGGUGGAAGCUGUCAAAUUCG